GGCCGCUGUCGGUGCAGACGCCCGGGCGGCCCGCGACUCCGCAACGUGCUCCAUGCAUCCGGAGCCCGCCCCGCCCCCGAGCAACAACAGUCCCGAGCUUCCCCUCAGCGGCGGCAGCACCACCAGCGGCAGCCGCCGGAGCCGCCGCCGCAGCGGGGACGGGGAGCCCCCGGGGUCUCCGCCGCCGCCGCCCGCCGUCACCUACCCGGACUGGAUCGGCCAGAGCUACUCCGAGGUGAUGAGCCUCAACGAGCACUCGAUGCAGGCGCUGUCCUGGCGCAAGCUCUACUUGAGCCGUGCCAAGCUCAAAGCCUCCAGCCGGACCUCGGCUCUGCUCUCCGGCUUCGCCAUGGUGGCGAUGGUGGAGGUGCAGCUGGAUGCUGAGCACAACUACCCGCCUGGGCUGCUCAUCGCCUUCAGCGCUUGCACCACAGUGCUGGUGGCCGUGCACCUGUUCGCGCUCAUGAUCAGCACCUGCAUCCUGCCCAACAUCGAGGCUGUGAGCAACGUGCACAACCUCAACUCCGUCAAGGAGUCGCCACACGAGCGCAUGCACCGUCACAUCGAGCUGGCCUGGGCCUUCUCCACCGUCAUCGGCACGCUGCUCUUCCUGGCCGAGGUCGUCCUGCUCUGCUGGGUCAAGUUCCUGCCCCUCAAGAAGAAGGCCAGCCAGCCACAGCCCACCCCCAAGCCCCCAGACAGCCCUGUCGAACCCGAUGGCAUCACUCCGGGCCAGGCCGCCGCCAUAGCCUCUACCACCAUCAUGGUCCCCUUCGGCCUGGUCUUCAUCGUCUUUGCCGUCCACUUCUACCGCUCGCUGGUCAGCCACAAGACAGACCGGCAAUUCCAGGAGCUCAACGAGCUGGCUGAGUUUGCGCGCCUGCAGGACCAGCUGGAUCACAGAGGGGAGCACCCCCUGACUCCUGGCAGCCACUACGCCUGAGCCCCCUUGGACUGAGGCAGUUCCAAGCUCUGGCCUUAACGCUCGCUCGUUCCCCUUCCUGGUCCUGGCCCAGCCUCAGGGACGGCUUGUUCUGACCCCCUUGUGCAGCAGGGGAGAGAGUGGGGGGAAGAGGAGAGGGUUCUCUUAGGAGAAAUGACUGCACUUUAAGACUUGCCUCUAAGGCGCACUUCCUGUUCUUCCAGCCCCGGAUCACCUGCUGGGAGGUGCUGGGGGACAGAUCCUCCUUUUGUCCUGUGCCAAGGCCACCUGGAUGUACCCUGUCUCUUUCUCCUCAGCCUCCAGCCCCGUUCAGGGUGGAGUGUGUGUGUGUGUGCGCGUGUGUGUGAGCACAGAAAUAUACUCGUAAGGGACACCUCUC